AUGGACAAACAAAAGGGCCCGGAUUCCCUCCCUUCGACGGAUGGGGAAGGAGACAAACAAGAAGGCAGCGGUCGGCGCGCAAGAUAUUUGACUGAAAUAAGGUCGCUGCUUCCCUUUUUCAAUAACAAGAAUAAAAGCGAAGUCUCGAAAAAGAGAAGGAUAUAUCGUUAUGCAGCUAUCGCAAUGGUUGUCUUGGCCAUUAUUGCACUCGCAUUAGGGUUCGGCCUGUCCGCGCGCGCCACCAAGAACAAGAACAACCACAGCGAACGCGACGAUAUCGUGCAAUUGGAUUAUUCCUUGUACAAAGGAUACAAACAGGAUAAUGGCGUUUCGUCCUGGAAGGGAAUGCGGUAUGCGGCGCCGCCAACUGGGAGUUUGAGGUUUGCUGGGCCACAGGAUCCCCUGGUUCAGUUUGAUGUGCAGGAUGCUACUUCGCAUGGUGCGUUGUGCAUCUCAACUGGUGCUUAUCCCACCCCCAACAAUCAGUCUGAGGACUGUCUGUAUGUAGACGUCUAUGCGCCGACGAAUGCGACCAACUCCACCCCCCUGCCGGUGUUUGUCUGGAUUCAAGGCGGCGGGUUCAAUGGGUUGGCCAAUGCCAAUUAUGACGGGACCGGAUUGAUUGAAGCAUCCGAAUUCAAUAUCGUGGUUGUCACAUUCAACUAUCGCGUGGGCCCAUAUGGGUUCCUGGCUUCGCGAGAAGUUGAGCAGAGCGGAUCCUUGAAUAAUGGACUUAAGGAUAUGAUCAAGUUGCUGCAAUGGGUCCACAAGUAUAUUGCCCAGUUCGGCGGUGAUCCUACCCACGUCACGAUCGGCGGCGACAGCGCCGGUGCAGGCGCCAUCACUCUCCUUCUCUCAGCCUACGGCGGCAGCAACCAACUGGACGGCCUCUUUCACGCCGCCGUCGCUGAGUCGCAAUCCUUUGGCCCUCAACUAACCGUCUCCGAGUCACAAUUCCAAUUCGACAAUCUGACCGAACGCACCGGUUGCGCGGACAGCAUGCACCCCUUGAAAUGUCUACGAAAUCUCGACAUCAACGCCCUCCAAAAAGAGAAUAAAGAAAUCCCAUACCCAUCAGGUGUCCUCUCACCAUUAUACCCUUACGGACCUACCAUCGACAACAAUCUCGUGUCUAACUACACCAUCUCCCUAUUCGGUGAAGGUAAAUUCAUGAAAAUCCCCGUUAUAUUCGGCGAUGAUACCAACGAAGGCACCGUCUUUACACCCCAUAACACAUCCACCGUCGCACGCGCGGAUGAGUUUCUCUCUGAUAACUUUCCCUUCUUGAAUGAGACCGAACUCUCGACCAUAAAUUCAAUGUACAUGUCCUCACCAGACGACCCUGUUUACUCCGGCGCCGGUAAAUACUGGCAAGGCGUCUCCAAUGCCUAUGGCGAAAUGCGCUAUAUAUGUCCGGGCAUAUAUCUCACGACGGCAUAUAACAACGACUCAACCACGCGCAACACAAUCUGGAAUUAUCACUACGCCGUCCUGGAUUCUACAGCCAACAGCACCGGUUACGGGACACGACAUACAAUCGAAGUCAACGCGAUCUGGGGACCGGACUACGUCGGUUCAAGCUCAGCACCGAAAUCGUAUUCGACGACGAAUGAAAAUAUUGUCCCGCUUAUGCAGGGGUAUUGGACGAGUUUUAUACGCUCGUAUAACCCCAAUACGUACCGGGCGGCAGGGGCGCCGGAAUGGAAAGUUUGGGGUGAUGGCGGGGAGAGGUUGUUUAUUAGGACGAAUGAUACCCAUAUGGAAUCCGUGCCGAGUGAGCAGUUGAGUAGAUGUAGGACACUGGCGGGGCUAGCGGUUUGGAAUCAUCAAUGA